GAUUUCAGUUUCCUCACUUGGAAAAUAGGAUUAAUAAUUCCUGCCUUUCCAAUCCUCAGAGUGAUAUUAUGAAAUAUCUCUGGAAAAAUAGAUGUCGGGCACAGUGGCGGAUAUCUCCCUGGUGCACUGGAAGCAGCAAUGGCUGGAGAAUGGCACUCUCUACUUCCACGUAUCCAUGAGCAGUGCUGAGCAGCUGUCUCGAGCCACCCCUCCCACACUGCAGGAACCUUCAGAGAUUGUGGAUGAGCAGAUGCACAUUCUGCACAUCUCCGUGAUGGGUGGGCUGAUCGCACUGCUCUUGCUCCUGCUUGUGUUCACUGUUGCACUGUACGCCCAGCGCCGCUGGCACAAGCGGAGGCACAUCCCACAGAAGAGUGCCAGCACGGAGGCCACCCACGAGAUACACUACAUCCCCUCGGUGCUGCUGGGGCCUCAGGCCCGUGAGACGUUCCGCAGUUCACGCCUGCAGGCCCACAACUCGGUCAUUGGGGUGCCCAUCCGCGAGACCCCCAUCCUGGACGACUACGACUACGAGGAGGAGGAGGAGGAGGAGCAGCCCCGGAGGGCCAACCACGUAUCUCGAGAGGAUGAGUUUGGGAGCCAGGUGACCCGGACGCUGGAGAGUUUGGGCCGGGCCAGUGAGGAGAAGACUGACUUUGAAAAGAAAGCCACAGAGGUGACGCAGGAAACGGUGGAGUCCCUGAUGCAGAAGUUCAAGGAAAGUUUCCGCACCAACACGCCCAUAGAGAUUGGCCAGCUCCAGCCAGCCCUGCGCAGCGCAUCAAUUGGGAGGCGGAAGCGGAGGAGCAAGCCUCGAGGUGGAAUUGGCUUUGGGAGAACCAAAGGACAUUCGGGUUCUGAGGCAGACGAUGAGACCCAGCUGACCUUCUACACUGAGCAGUACAGGAGCCGCCGACGAAGCAAAGGAUCGCUGAAAAGCCCCGUGAACAAGACAGCACUGACGUUGAUUGCGGUGAGCUCCUGCAUCCUGGCCAUGGUUUGUGGAAGCCAGCUCUCCUGCCCUCUGACAGUGAAGGUGACGCUACACGUGCCCGAACACUUCAUCGCAGAUGGAAGCAGUUUUGUUGUGAGUGAAGGGAGCUACCUUGACAUCUCUGAUUGGUUAAAUCCAGCCAAGCUAUCCUUAUAUUAUCAAAUUAAUGCCACUGCUCCCUGGGUGAGAGAUCUGUGUGGACAGAGGACCACAGAUGCCUGUGAGCAACUCUGUGAUCAGGAAACGGGUGAGUGCAGCUGCCAUGAAGGCUAUGCCCCCGAUCCAGUUCACCGGCACCUGUGUGUGCGAAGUGACUGGGGACAGAGUGAAGGGCCUUGGCCCUACACAACACUUGAAAGGGGAUAUGAUUUGGUGACCGGAGAGCAAGCGCCAGAAAAAAUCCUCAGGUCCACAUACAGCUUGGGUCAGGGCCUCUGGCUGCCGGUCAGCAAGAGCUUUGUGGUGCCCCCAGUGGAACUUUCCAUCAACCCUCUGGCCAGCUGCAAGACAGAUGUGCUGGUGACUGAAGACCCAGCUGAUGUCAGGGAAGAAGCUAUGCUGUCCACUUACUUUGAAACCAUCAAUGAUCUGCUAGCCUCAUUUGGGCCCGUUCGGGACUGUUCGCGCAACAAUGGAGGCUGCACGCGCAACUUCAAGUGUGUGGCGGACCGCAAGGUGGACUCCUCUGGAUGUGUGUGCCCUGAGGAGCUGAGACCAAUGAAAGAUGGCACAGGUUGCUAUGAUUAUUCCAAAGGAAUUGACUGUUCAGAUGGCUUUAAUGGAGGCUGUGAGCAGCUGUGUCUCCAGCAGACCCUCCCUCUGCCAUACGACACAUCCUCCAGCACCAUCUUCAUGUUCUGUGGCUGCGUGGAGGAAUACAAACUGGCCCCAGAUGGGAAAUCCUGCCUCCUGCUCUCAGAUGCCUGUGAGGGUCGCAAGUGCCUCAAACCCGAUUCCAAGUUCAACGACACCCUCUUUGGAGAGAUGCUGCAUGGUUACAACAAUAGAAGUCAACAUGUCAACCAAGGUCAAGUCUUCCAGAUGACCUUCAGGGAGAACAACUUCAUCAAGGACUUUCCCCAGCUAGCUGAUGGAUUGAUGGUGAUCCCGCUGCCAGUGGAGGAACAGUGUCGGGGGGUCCUCUCCGAGCCCCUGCCAGACCUCCAGCUGCUCACCGGUGACAUCCGUUAUGACGAAGCAAUGGGCUACCCCAUGGUGCAACAAUGGAGGGUCAGAAGCAACCUGUACAAAGUGAAACUCAGUGCCAUCACCCUCUCAGCAGGGUUUAACAAUAUCCUCAAGAUCCUCAACAAAGAGAGCAGCCGCGAGGAGCUGCUGUCAUUCAACCAACAGUACGGCUCUCACUACAUAGCUGAGGCUUUGUAUGGCUCUGAGCUCACCUGUGGCAUCCAUUUCCCCAGCAAGAAGGUCCAGCAGCAGCUCUGGCUGCAGUAUCAGAAAGAAACGACUGAGCUGGGCAACAAGAAGGAGCUGAAGUCCAUGCCCUUCAUCACUUAUCUGUCGGGCCUGCUGACGGCCCAGAUGUUGUCGGACGACCAGCUGAUCUCCGGAGUGGAGAUUCACUGUGAGGAGAAGGGCCGCUGCCCCUCCACCUGCCACCUGUGCCGGAGGCCAGGAAAGGAGCAGCUCAGCCCCACCCCGGUGCUGCUGGAGAUAAAUCGAGUGGUCCCCCUGUACACUCUGAUCCAGGACAAUGACACCAAGGAGGCCUUCAAGAAUGCCCUGAUGAGCUCCUACUGGUGUUCGGGGAAAGGGGAUGUGAUCGAGGACUGGUGCAGGUGUGAUCUCAAUGCCUUCGAUGAAAACGGACUUCCCAACUGCAGCCCACUCCCACCUCCAGUACUGCGGCUGUCCCCUGGAGUAGAGCCAUCCAGCACUGUUGUCUCCCUGGAGUGGCUGGAUGUCCAACCAGCAAUUGGGACCAAGGUCUCUGACUACGUCCUUCAGCACAAGAAGGUGGACGAGUACACAGACACUGACCUCUACACAGGAGAAUUUUUGAGUUUUGCUGAUGACUUACUUUCUGGCCUUGGGACGUCCUGUGUAGCAGCUGGUAGAAGCCAUGGAGAGGUGCCGGAAAUCAGCAUCUACUCUGUCAUUUUCAAGUGCCUGGAACCCGAUGGUCUCUACAAGUUCACCCUGUAUGCUGUGGAUACCCGCGGAAGACACUCAGAACUGAGCACUGUCACACUGAGGACAGCUUGCCCAUUAGUAGAUGACAACAGGGCAGAAGAAAUAGCAGACAAAAUCUACAACCUGUACAAUGGAUAUACAAGCGGGAAGGAGCAGCAGACAGCAUACAAUACGCUCAUGGAGGUUUCUGCCUCGAUGCUCUUCCGUGUCCAGCAUCACUACAACUCCCACUAUGAGAAGUUCGGAGACUUUGUUUGGCGUAGUGAAGACGAGCUGGGUCCCAGGAAAGCCCACCUGAUUCUGAGGAGGCUAGAGAAGGUGAGCAGCCACUGCUCUACCCUGUUGCGCAGUGCUUACAUCCAGAGCCGCGUGGAAACUAUGCCCUACCUCUUCUGCCGCAGCGAAGAGGUCCGGCCGGCGGGCAUGGUCUGGUACAGCAUCCUCAAGGACACCAAAGUGACGUGUGAGGAGAAGAUGGUCUCCAUGGCCCGUAACAUGUAUGGAGACUCCAAGGGGCGGUGAGGGAAGACAUUGGCCUUUGUCAGGGAACAGCCCAGAGACUCACUGAGCAAAGAAGAUGAGGGCACGUGAGAUUCCGGGGUCCCGGGGGGGAAGAGGGAAAGGGUGCCAUUUGGAGGGGACCCCAAGGGCAGCAAGGCCAAACCAGAUUGUCUCACAGGAACUGCAGAAGGGAAUCAUUUCAGCCCAAUGGACUAUUCAUUGAGAUGGGUUUUUGGUUUUUCCUUCUUUUUUUUUUUUAAAAAAAAAGCUACAUGAUCUGACCGUAUAAACCAAGCCCCCACCUUUUUAAAUCUUUUCUUACUGAUUCCUGGACUGCACCAUCAGAAAUGGAAAUGAGAUCUUUAGGGUAGAUCGAGAUGUCGUCAGCCCAAGGGGGGGGUCCCUGACACUAGUGACCCUUCCUGAUUGGUCCCUCUCGGCCCUGAAGCACACAGAGCAGCAACUCAGCACUAUAAAGGCCACCGCGUGCUGGGCCGACCAGUGGCUGUCACCUGCCUACCUUACGGGACACCAGGACAGUCCCAACGGGAAGUCUCUUUUCUCUGCUCCCGGGUUUGCAGAACUCCUGCUGCGUCCUGCUGCUGUUGACCUUUUCCCCUGCAGGGACCUUCUGGGGGGUUCUGUACAUUAAAAAUUCAUAUUAAUUAAGUCCACA